GUACGGUAUGUUGACAUACAUUUGUGGAAGCAUGCUAGCGAUUUGCCGGAUGGAUGGGCGAGAAUGAGAGAAAGCAGCGCCUUGCAGCUGUCUUCGACUCUUCAUCGCGACUCGCGAGGGCGCUGUUUUACACAAGCAACCGGAACUGGCAAAAUCGAAAUAGUGCCAGUAUUUACUUCGGCGAAAGCGAGCCGGAGUAAGGAAAGAGCCCCAAUUGGUUCCGGAUCCGCAGCAACCACUUCACGUCCUCCUUCAAUGAGCUAUGCUCCUGAAGACUGUCAGUCUAUUCGACGCAAUAAGUAGUGCCACAUUAGCCCCUCAGACCAAGGCAAAUCGGUUCCGAAGCGCGGUAGUUGCAUUUGUGCUUGAUCAUGGACAGCGAAAUCGUUGCUUGCAUGUCGCGCUCCAAAGGUACAAUUGGAUAUGGUGCAUAGCGAACAGGACUUGUAGGGCACCAUUUAGGGUUCCGAUAUGCAGGCCGUUUCGGAGCAGCCGGCUGCGGGCGGGGCGACGCCUCGGCACAGUCGCGCCGAGCAGGCCAGUGCUGCCACAUCAGCGGCUCUAGACGUUAUCCCGCCACCCAGCCCUCCGGCAGCGCAGCCAACGCAGCAACCGCGCCUUGUUGCCCAAAACGACGAAGCUCCUAGCCAACACCACUCAGAGGUCCCUGAUUCCACCGCCGCGGCUGCAGCGGCUCCGGGCGAGCGUGUACGGCUGCUUGAGAGGCGCCUGAGUGAGCUGCUGGACCUGGUGGGUGAGGGCGCCCAUAACCGGCCAGCAGCGGGCGCGACCGAGGCGGUAGCAGCGCAUGAUGAGGCAGCGGCGGUGGCAGGUGCGGCCUCGGUCGGGGGCCGGCCGCGAAGGAGCAGGGAGGCCGGUGGAGGACAGCAGGGCGGUGAGGCCGACACGGCUGCGGGAACCCGGCCGGACGGUGAGGCUGCGGCUGCGGCAGGGCCAGCUAUCCAUGUCAUCAUGUUGGGCAGCCAUCCCUGGCAGCACCUCAGCGUCACGCACCCCGAUGGGUACAAUGAGAUAGCCAAGGAGCGCCUCAGGCCCGCGGAGAACCCGGAGGGUGCAGCUGGUCCCGCCGCGCCCGGUCCACAAACGCCUGAGACGGACGUGGAGCCCCUUGCCGUUCCCACAUGGGCGCUAUUGAAGAACAAGGGCGACCAGUUCAUCAAGGCCGGCCUCAAGCCGGGCUCCCUGGUGUUCCUCAUGCGCCCCGCCGCCGUCAUCAGACCCACAACAACAAGCCGGCUUGCACCGCGGCGCCUUGGACCGGCGGCGGCCCCGGCGGCAGCGCUGCCGCCUGCCCCAGCCACGUGUGAGGGCCGGCGGCGCAUGACGAAGGAGCAGAUGCAGGCCUUCUUUGGCAGGGGCCAGACGGUGGUGGCUGUGGCGGCUUUGGGGAGCAUCCGGUCGGGUCAGUCGAAACGCUGCACGGAGCUGUACGGCACGGUCACCGUCCGGAAAAAAGGCGCGCCCAAGAAGGUCCACGCGCAGCUCGAGCACCUGUUGGAGUUUGAGGAGGUGGUGCCGGUGGCGCUGCCGCGCCUGCAGCUGGGCUGCGACCUGGGCAGCAAGAAUCUGGCCAGCCACUGGCAGAGCGGCAGGACGUACUCGAAAAGGAACACCAAGGAGGAGUGCCACACGGCGCUGCAGCACUACUACGACACCGCCCAGCGGCUGCUGCAGCAGGCGCGCGAGCACCGGGCCGCACACGGCGGCGCCCGCCUGCCCAUGGAGCCCGACCUGGACUUCCCGCCCGCGCCCAGGGGCGGCUUCCUGGGCUUCUGCAGGCGCUACCCGUGCGGGAUGCAGGACUAUGAUAAACAGCAGCAGGAGAGGGCGAAGCGGAAGCGGUCGAAGCAGCAGCAGUACAGUGAUGACGAGGAGUCAGAGUCAGAGUCCGAACCAGACCCAGAGUCAGAGCCGGAGCCGGAAUCGGAGUCGGAGGACGAGGAGGAGGAGGACGAGGAGGAGGAGGAGGACGAGGAGGGGGAGGAGGACGAGGAGGGGUUGCAGCAGCCACUGCAGCCACUCUGCAGAAAACGCGGUCGCGCGCUGCGGCGGCCCGCCCUGUACAAUAACGAGAAUUGGGACCUAAGAUCCGGGCGGAUUAGCAUGAACAGCUGCCGUGGGAAGCGCCGUGGCCGUUGCCAGCGGGCGGCUGCUUCCGGCGACAGCAAGGCGGCAGCGCCGGCUCUGGCAGCGGCGUCAGGGGCGGCGGCUGCGGCUGGCGCAACACGCGCAGGAGCAGGGCCAGAAGUGGCAGCGGUGGUCAAGGAGCUUGAAAGCGGGGAUGAGGAGGAGUUGGGGGCGUCAGAGCAUGCCGAGAUAGGCGAGAGCGAGGAGGAGGAAGAGGACGUGGGGUGGGAGGAGGAGGGGAAAGAGCCUGCCUCAGCCACGGGUACCCUGCCUGCUAGUGCUGAUGCGGUGGCCAGUGCUGCCAUUGCAGCUCCACCGCCGCUGCCAACUGGCAGGCCACCGCUGCAUCCGCCGGACAGCAGGCCCGAGGACUUCGCGUCGCUCAGGCACGUGCCGGUUGGUGACACUGUCGGCCUGGCAUGCAUGUCGCCGGCGGCGUGCCAGCAGCUGGCGGCGGCAGCGCAGAAGCACCCGGACCUCCGCGAGGCCGAGCCCGGCGUGUUCAUGGUCGGGAGGCCUUCUGGCUUUGCAGGCACAGGAGCGAAGUGCGGCUUCACAGCGACCCGCCUGACGCAGCUGAGCACCGCCGGCAACCGCUUACUGCACAACGUUUUUCAGUUCGCGCAGGGGCUGCUGUCAGAGCUCGGGCCGCUGGACAGCGAGGGCAUGGCGUGGGAGCCGAAGGGCCGCGUGGAGGCGGUGACCGGUCCCUGCCACCCCGUCUACAACAACCCAUGGGCGAGGGGCGACACGGGGGUGCGUCACGCCAUGUACACGUCAGCAGGCAUCCUCCGCGACGACGUGCUGGGUGUUUACGAGGGGCCGCUGCUGACGGCGGCCGAGGACGAGGCGGUCUACGCAGCCGCAGGAGCCGGCGACCAGCAGGCGGGACUCGAGGCCUGCAUGUGCACCUCGCUAAUGCUGGAUGUGGGCGGCGAGUUGGUGCUGGCGGGGGCGCGCGACCGCAGCGCCAUGACCCGAAUCAACUCGGCCGACACGUGGGAGGCGUGCACAGAAGCACGUUCAGCGGCGGCGGGGACAGCGGCGGUAGGAUCAGUAGCGGUCGCCGGCAGCAGCAGCGAUGGGGCUGCUGCCAACGCGCGGUUUGUUGAGCUGCUGCUCGUGCUGGAGCAGCCCCUGCCGAUCAGCUGCCCGCAGCUCGGUUCGGCGGCUUUGCCAUACGUACCAAGCCGUAGCAGUGGCGGUGGCGGCGGUCGAGGAGGCAGGCGUAGCACUAGUUGGGGCGGCGGCGGCGGAGGCGUGUCCACGGUGACGACGCGCUACCUGCCGCUCAAGCUGGUGGUGGCGAGUCGGGACGUUCCGGCGGGGCAGGAGGUGCUGAUGCCGGCGGGAUACGGCGGUGCGGACUACUACCAGAUUGUGGCAGACAACUACCGCACGUUUUGUCGGGAGUGGGCACGGACUGCUACGGCGGCGGCGGCCGCCGACCCUUCACAGCCGCGCGCCGGCGCCGAGGCCGUCACUACUGGCGCCGGCGCCCCCAAGGCUCCCUCAGCAGCUUCGGGGGCCCCGGCAAUCACUCCUGUGGGCGUCACGGCAUCGCCUGGAGCACGGGCGUCCACCGCUCCUGUGGCGCAGCCGACAGCGGCAGCUGCGCCUGACGCCCACGCGAUGGAGUGGCUCUCCUUGUCGCCUGCUCCGCAGCCGCCACAGGCUAUCGGCCGUGCCUGGGCCACAGACACCGCACCCGCCACGGGUUUGCAGCAGGGCGAAAGUGAGGAGCAGCAUUCCGUGGGUGGCAGCGGCGGCGCGGCAGCACCUGACAGUGCUGCUGCCAGCGUGCGACCGCCUGCUGUGGUUGUGAUAUCCCUGGGUAAUGCCAGCUUGGCAGGUGGCACAAGCAGCACCCAGCAGCGGCCGUCUGCCACCCGCAUGUCGCUCGCUGCACGGGCCUCCGCCGGGCUUGUGCUGCCUCCGCAUCUCUUGCUGCCCAAGCAUCUGCAGCGAGACGGCGGCGGCGCUGCGGCAGCAAUGCUCCCCUCGUCUCCGGAGCGCCGUAUCAGUGGCGCGGCUGGUGCGGCUGGUGCGGCUGGGAUCAGGGCGCGCAUUAGCCAGCUGCAAGCACCCGCGGCGGUGGCACAUGGCACCGCAGCUCCUGCACCUGGGUCAGCAGAGGCUGCUCCUCCAGCCGCACCAGACCCAGAAGCCGCCGCUGCCGCCAAGGUGCCGAAGACGGGCACGCGCGUGGACAAAGAUCGUGGCGUUGGUGACUCUAGUCGACGCAACCAGGGCAGUCCGGCGGCCGGCGCUGCAGCUUGUGCAAGUGCUGGCGCCGCCGCUGGCGAUGGCGGCAGCGCUGCGCCGGACCCUGACGCCAACGCUGCGGGACUCGGUUCACCAAGCCCACUGCAGCCGGGCCGGCAGCGGCAGUCGGGACUGGGCGGCGCACUGCACAAAGCGGCGGAGCAGGUGGCAGCGCUGGAGGCAGACCUGGCGCAGGCGCUUGCCGAGGCGGCGGCGCAGAGGGCGAGGGCGGAGGCGGCGGAGGCGGCGACGGCAGCCGCUGAGGACGCCCAAAAGCAGGACGAGCACGAGCGAGAGCUGCUGCGGAGCAGGUUGCGGGCCAGGCAUGUGGAGGUGCAGGCCAGGGAUGUGGAGGUGGCUGAGCUGAAGAGGAAGCUGCAGGAGCGGGAUGCCCGGAUUGAGCGGUUGGUGAAGCAGAAGCGGGCACUGAAACAGGCGUUCGGUGCGUUUGUGCAAGAGGAGGACUGAUGGCCAGCGUGGGCGUUCCCAGGGUAUCGGAUGAGGGACUGGAUCAAGUGUCCUAGCGUAUCCUUUGUGACGUUAGUGCCGCAAAUUGCGGUGCGGUGCGCCUGGGCCCUGGGCACGGUUGGUGCUGACGGAGCGCAGCACGCAGGCGGGGGUUGCCGGAGAGCUCAGGUCAGCGCAGGCAUUUUGGUUCAUGUGCAUAUGAAGUGCAUGUCUCCAUACUCUAUCCAUACUAUUUCCAAGCGUAUGGACUUCCCGUGCGUGUUGAAAUCGAACUUU